AUGCAGUAUUUCCAGGACCACGUUCCAAAUAAACAACUUGCGUUUGAAUCCUUUGUUUCUGGAUCUGGUUUUAAUGGCUCCCUCAAGAAGGGUCGCGAGAAGGGCCGUUCUACCAUCAAUGAGGUAGUGACCAGAGAACACGCCAUCAUCGUUCACAAGCGCACCCAUGAGUGGGUUUCAAGACGUGUUGCCCCUCGGGCACUCAAAGAGAUCUGGAUAGUUGCUACGAAGGAAAUGGGAACUCCAGAUGUGUGCAUUGACACCAGGCUCCACAAAUCUGUCUGGGCCAAAGGAGAAAGGAAUGUUCCCUACCGUAUCCACAUGCAGUUGUCCAAAAAACACAAUGAGGAUGAAGAUUCACCCAACAAGCUCUAUAUGUUGGUUACCUGUAUACCUGUCACACUUUUCAAAAAUCUACAGACUGUUACUGUGGGUAAGAACGAAUUGCUGAUUAUCAAAUAA